UCAUCAGUGUUUUUAUGUACGAUUUCUGAACUUGUAGACAUGCAAUAUAGAGAAAUCAGUUAAGAAGAUCGUGAGUGUAGAUACAACAAUAAUAAUAUAUUAUUGUAAAACGAAUACUUUCUCAGCUUUGCAAUGGCGACCUGGUUUAUAAAAUGGAAUUUAUACGUUUGUUUAUAAAGCUAACAAGUUAAAACAUCAUUCGAUGUUAUUCGAACUAUAGUUAAAUUUCUAUGAUUUAUAAUGAAAUCGCGUUCAGUUAAUCUCGGCAUAAUACAAUAAUUGUUAUUGAGGUGAUUAAAAUCACUCCGUGCAGAAAUGUCUAACCUUAAUAAUUAUAUUAUUUCGCUUAAAACUGACAACGGUAUCCAGGCAUUGGGUACUUAUAAUAAAUAAUUUUUUUUUUAUUUACCGUUAAAACUUAAACUACGUGACUUGACAUUGGGAAAAAACGGUUGUAAAGGAACAAAGCACCAAAAUCCUAAUGCCAUCAAUUUGGAUGGCGACUUGUGGGCGUGGAAAAUAUAGGCAGACGCAACCAAAUGAUUGUGCCCCAGAGUAAAGAGUUGAGUUGAGCAAGUAACCGGAAACAUUAAUUUUAGACGAGUAAAAUGCAGCAAAAUAUACCAUUUAUGUAGUUGAAACGAAAUUUACCGUAUUUAACAUUAUAACAAUAUUCGCAUUAUCAAUAAUUACCCACCGUUAAAAGUUAAAACAUAUAAUUGUACCUAUAUAUUGUUUCCUAACCCACGUUCAAGAAUAAAAAUUCGGAGAUCGUACCGAGUUCAGACUUCAGGGUGACAGUGGGUGUGUGUGUGUAGAGCCGCCGCCGUUGCGAGUGCGUGUGCUCGUAUUUUGUGUAGUUGGUAGUGGUGAGACUUUUCACUUUAGUAAUAAUAUCCGUGUAUGUGUAUGUGCAUUUUAUUUGUGUAAUGCGUACGCGCGAGUGUGUGUGUGUACCUAUAUAUGUAUAUAUUUAUAUAUAUUUCAUAAUAUUAUUAUGCUCCAUAACCCAAUAGACUACUCGUAGACAAAGGCCGCUCGGUAGACGUAUAAUGCUUGAUGUUACGGCCGUACGUAAAGUGUAAUUGAUUGUACGAAAAUCGGUAAAUUAGUUUCCGGAAAGAAAAAAACAAAAAAUAUACGAAUCCGUCAUUUGCUUCGGUAAGAAUAUUAUAAUAAAAAAAAAAAUUACUCUAUAUAGUGCAAGGUGAACCGUCGCAAGAGAGAACGCGAUAUUUUUACUUCUAUCCGAUUUCCAAGAGCGGAGAGCAGCCCGUCGGGAGUUCGGACACUUUUCACCCGACCGCGGUGUGUGUGUGUGUGUGUGCGCGCGUGUGUGUUUGUGCGUGUGGACUACGUGACAAUUUCAAAAUAUGGGAUGGACGUCCGUAGUCUAUAAGCCCGUGGUCCACGCACCACCGUUUCAGUGUGAAUUGUGACUAUUCGAUUUAUUUUUUAUCUUGGCGAUCACUAGUCUAAGCUGUUAAAACGUAGUUGUGCUGUUUUUGUUAGAAUACGUUUUGACUAGGUACAAAAAUUUACAAAUAACUCGUCGUCGUCAGUGGGAAACAAUCAUAACAAUAAUAAUUUAUAGCCGUUCUUAGUUGGUCCGCAGUGCGAAUAUUUCUUCUUUUUUUUUUUUUUUGUUCUUUCAACAUGAGCGGUAAAAAAGAUCUACACGAUAUUAAAUGUAAACUAGAGAUAGACGAGCCCAAACAAAAACAAUGCCCGGAAGGGAAAUUCAUCGACCCGGCCAGUAUGAUGGAAAAGGGCAAAUUCGUUUUUAAAGUUCCGCCCGAAGCUCCAGUUUUCGAACCGACCGUCGAGGAGUUCAAGGAUCCAUUAAAAUACAUAGCGAAAAUUAGAAGUGUGGCCCAAGCCCAUGGGAUCUGUAAAAUAAGACCUCCCCCCGAUUGGCAUCCUCCGUUUUGUGUUGAUGUUGACAAAUUUAAAUUCACUCCUCGUAUACAAAAACUUAAUGAACUGGAUGCUAGUACUCGUGUCAAACUGAAUUUUUUGGAAAAAAUUGCAAAAUAUUGGCAUUUGCAAGGGGUGCGUAUGAAAAUACCUGUAUUAGAACAAAGAGCUGUAGAUUUAUAUUCUCUAUAUAAAAUAGUAGAAUUUGAAGGUAGUUAUGAUAAAGUGUGUUCAGAAAAAAAGUGGACCAAAGUAGCAAGCCGUAUGGGCUAUGUGUGUGAAAAACAAUCUGGUACAGUAUUAAAAAAUCAUUAUGAGAAGUGGCUUCACCCAUUUGCUCUUUUUCACACCACUAUUAAAGAUGAGAUUUAUUACAAACCCGUCAAAAGAGAAUGUGAAAUAGAAAAUGAAAAAGAAGAAAGUUCUUCCGCUUCCAGUUCUCCAAGUAAAAGAGCAAGACUGAGUCCAGAUGAUGAGAAAGAUUCAGAUGACUACAUAAAAGAUCCAUUUUAUUUAAUGGAAAACAAGGAAUUGAGAAAGUUGCAGUUUUUUGGAGCAGGGCCAAAAAUGGCUGGAUUUAGUUCAAAGUGUAGAAUAGGACAUUUGAAGUCUAAAGAAUCUAAAAAAUCUAAAAGAAAUCGAAAAGCCGUUGUAGAUGAGUUGGCCAAGUAUUAUUGUCAGAAGUGUGGAAGUGGUAAAUCUGAAGAAACAAUUUUGAUUUGUGAUGGGUGUGACUUAAGUUUUCAUAUGCAAUGUUUGAUGCCACCAUUAACUAGUGUUCCUAAAGGGGAGUGGAGGUGCCCUAAAUGUGUAGCUAAUGAAGUAAUUAAGCCUAGUGAUGCUUUUGGAUUUGAACAAGCUCAACGUGAGUAUACUCUUCAACAAUUUGGUGAGAUGGCGGACCAAUUUAAAUCAAAGUUUUUCAAUAUGCCUGUUCAUCUUGUACCUACUGAAAAAGUCGAACAAGAGUAUUGGAAAAUAGUAUCAUCCAUUGAUUCUACUGUUAUAGCCGAAUAUGGUGCUGAUUUACAUACGAUGGAUCAUGGUUCAGGAUUUCCUACUAGCCUUGCGCUACGUGGUAAUGAAAAUAAUACUUAUUAUAAAUCUUAUAUUGAAGAUAGUUGGAAUUUAAAUAACAUACCUGUAUUAAAAGACUCUGUUCUAAGUUUUAUUAAUGCUGAUAUAUCAGGGAUGAAAGUACCAUGGAUGUAUGUUGGAAUGUGUUUUUCAACGUUUUGUUGGCAUAAUGAAGAUCAUUGGAGUUAUUCUAUUAAUUAUUUACAUUGGGGUGAACCAAAAACAUGGUAUGGCGUCCCAGGGGAUGCAGCUGAAGCAUUUGAGGAAGUUAUGAAAGAAACAACUCCAGAAUUGUUCCAUUCCCAGCCUGAUCUUUUGCAUCAGUUAGUAACUAUAUUGAAUCCAAACAUUUUAAUGAAAGAAAAAGUCCCUAUUUAUCGAACAGAUCAAGAAGCUGGUGAAUUUGUUGUUACAUUUCCAAGAUCUUAUCAUACAGGUUUUAACCAAGGAUACAAUUUUGCUGAAGCUGUAAAUUUUGCUCCAGCAGACUGGAUAUCAAUGGGCCGAGAAUGUGUUAAUCAUUAUUCGUCUCUUAAACGAAUUUGUGUGUUUUCACAUGAUGAACUCAUUUGUAAUAUGGUUAGCACAUGUGAAGAUCUUGCACCUAAAUCUGCUGAACUCGUGUAUGACGAUUUGGCCAAAAUGGUUAAGUUUGAAAGAAUACAACGAAAGGCACUUCUGGAUUGGGGCGUAACUGAAGCGGAUUUUGUUGAAUUUGAACAGAAAGUAGAUGACCUCAGACAAUGCAUAGUAUGCAAUACCACUUUAUAUAUUUCAGCAGUGUCUUGUUCCUGUGAUCCAAACAAACUUGCUUGUCUUCGUCAUUUUAAACAACUAUGUGGAUGUCCAGCUUCGUCGCACACAUUCAAAUAUAGGUACACUCUAGAUGAAUUUCCACCACUUUUAAGGAAGGUUAAAGCACAAGCAGAAAUGGCCUAUGACGAAUAAUUGAUUGACUUAAUUAUGUUUGUAAAUAAUGGUAGCUAUGAUUGACUAUUUAACAAAUAGUGAAAAACUAAUUUUAAAAUAGUUUGAUUUAUUAUAAUAGUAUUGUUUUAUAUUAUUUUUUCAUCUCAUAGAUAAUUAAUUGUCAUAUAUCAAAUUCCUUAGUUGUUAAUGCCUUAUUUUCUGCCCCAGUAUUUAGAAUUGAUAAAAAUUCCUAAUUUGUUAUAAAAGAAAAAAAAACAUGUUUGUUAACUUAAAAAGAACACUUGAAUUAUUUAAUCACUUCCUGUCUAAUUUUAAUGAAUUGUGUAUUUUAAUCAUCGAUAUACCUACUUUAAUACUUAACUACUAUUUUUUAAAUAUUAUAUUUUUUUGAGUUAUUUGAAUUUUAUUGCUGACAACGUUUUUAUUUAUUUUAGUUCUUGUAUAUUAUGUAAACGUUCCAAAUGACCUUUUUUAUAUUAUUUAUUUGUGGGAACCAAAUCCGAUCAACAAGAUUUUUUAUAUGCAAUACCCUAUCAAAUAUUACAAAGUAGAUUUAUUUAUAUUACAUAUUCUACAAAAAUGUAUAAGAAUAUGAUAAUUGUUUUAUUACUCUAAAUAUUUAUCUUUUAAAAGCCAAACAUUACUGGGAAAGUAUUUCUUUUUUUUUUUUAUAUACUUCUAAUGUUUUAAGUUAGUUAGUGCAAAUUAAGCCCAGUUGAUCUCUAAAAUAAACAACAUUGUAUAAUUUUGUUACAAUACGUUUGAAAAGUGUGAUUUUUUUUUUGUACUUGAUUCGAAAAGGUAGAGUUUAAGUUCCUAUGUAUAUAUUUUUUCUUUUUUUUUUAUCUAUUAUUUUCCUUAAUUAUAAUUUAUUUCUCUCUUAAUGUAUAAUAUUUACAUGGAAUUAAAUACAGAUGACCUCUUGAAUUUUGAAAUGUAAAGUCCGUUUUUUUUAUAACUAAAAU